AUGCACGUCGGUCUCAAGCUCCAAGACCAGGCGACCUCCGGGCAGCCUGGUAUCUCCUUUGAGUACUUUCCGCCGAAGACUGCUCAAGGUGUACAGAACCUGUACGACCGCAUGGACCGCAUGCACGACCUCGGCCCGGCGUUUGUCGACGUUACCUGGGGCGCCGGUGGCAGCCGGUCUCAAUUGACCUGCGAAAUGGUCCGCAUUGCACAAACCGUGUUCGGGUUGGAAACCGUCAUGCACUUGACUUGCACUGAUAUGCCGCGCGAGAGCGUCGAUGAAGCUUUGGAAGCCGCUUACAAUGCCGGAUGCACAAACAUUCUCGCCCUUCGUGGUGAUCCUCCGCGUGAGAAGGAAACAUGGGAGGCUGCUGAAGGUGGAUUUCGAUACGCCAAGGACUUGGUCAAGUACAUCCGGGACAAAUAUGGAAACCAUUUCGACAUUGGUGUGGGCGGAUAUCCCGAAGGCGCCGAUGACAAUUCCGAUGUCGACCAGCUGAUCGAUCAUCUCAAGGAGAAGGUGGAUGCCGGAAGUUCGUUUAUUGUCACACAGAUGUUUUACGAUGCGGACAACUUCUUGAACUGGGUGCAGAAGUGUCGUGCCAAGGGUGUCAAUGCUCCGAUUAUUCCUGGAAUCAUGCCGAUUUCCACGUAUGAUUCUUUUAUUCGUCGGUCGAAAUGGACCAAGAUCCAUAUUCCCCCUGACUGGUUAGAGAAACUUGAGCCAAUUAAGAAUGACGACGCCAAGGUUCGUGAGAUAGGCACCAAGUUGGUUUCAGAGCUGUGCCGGAAGUUGCUGGAAUCAGGACACAUCCAUCACCUUCACUUCUAUACUAUGAAUCUUGCCCAAGCAAGCCGCAUGAUUUUGGAGGAACUCAACCUUUGUCCAUCAACCGAAGCCCCUCUACAAAAGCCCCUGCCGUGGCGCAAGUCUCUUGGUCUCCGUCGCCGAUCCGAAGAUGUGCGACCAAUUUUCUGGCGAAACAGGCAUGCAUCAUACAUCACUCGCACGGCUGACUGGGACGAGUAUCCAAACGGCCGUUGGACCGAUGCUCGAUCCCCUGCGUUUGGCGAGUUGAAUGCCUACGGUGUCCGACUCAAGGGGACUAAUGAACAAAACAUCAAGCUCUUUGGCCGUCCAAAAUCGAUUAAGGAACUUUCAGACAUCUUCAUUCGCUACUUGAAUGGAAAAUUGGAUCGACUACCGUGGAGCGACUCCCCAAUCACCAGCGAGGCAGAUUCGAUUAAACAAGAUCUCAUUGAUCUCAACCAACGAGGAUUCAUCACCGUGAAUUCUCAGCCUGCUGUGAAUGGAGUCAAGUCUUCUCACCCAAUUCACGGCUGGGGUCCUCGAAACGGUUACGUCUACCAAAAGGCUUAUCUUGAGUUAUUCAUUCCCCCAUACCUAGUAGAGGAACUCUUGGCCCGAAUUGAAAAGAACAACGACCUCACAUACUACUGUGUCAACAAGUCGGGAGAAUUGAGGACGCGAACCGAUGAAGGACCUAAUGCUGUUACAUGGGGAAUUUUCGCUUCCAAAGAAAUCAUUCAACCGACCAUUGUUGAAAGUGUAAGCUUCAUGGCUUGGAAAGAUGAGGCAUACCAGUUGGGUGAUGAUUGGGCCAAGUGUCACCCAGCAGAGAGCCCGAGUCGUAAACUCAUCAAGCAAGUUGUGGACGAGUGGUACUUGGUCAAUAUUGUCAACAACGACUUCCACAAAACACACGAUCUAUUCCAGCUAUUCGACGGCCUCGUCAUCAAAGACCUGGAUACCGAGAUCCCCGGUAUCGACCCUCUGGUAGAUGGACCAACUCAACCUGCUCCAGCCUCCAAAACCGCUAAAUCAUAA